AUGAUAAACAGUGAUAAUAAUAGUAGUAAUAAUGGUGAUAAUAAUGAUAGUAAUGGUAAUCAUAAUAAUAGCGAUGGUAAUCAUAAUAAUAGUAAUGGUGAUAAUGAUGGUAAUGGUAGUGAUAAUAAUAGCAAUGGUAAUAAUGAUAGUAAUGGUAAUAAUAAUAAUAAUAGUAAUGGUAAUAAUGAUAGUAAUGGUAGUGAUAAUAAUAGCGAUGGUAAUAAUAAUAGCGAUGGUAAUAAUGAUAGUAAUGAUAAUUGUAGUGAUAGUAAUGGUAAUGAUAACAGUAGUAAAGGUAAUGAUGAUAAUGAUGGUAGUGAUAAUAAUAGUAAUGGUAAUAAUGACAAUAAUGAUAAUGAUAGUGCUAAUGUACAUUAUCAUGGCAUUCGUCUAUUUUACUAG